AGGAGCAACAUUGAAAGUUUGGGAAACCAGAGAACGGAAGAAUGAAGCAAAUCUUCGUGAAAACUUUGACGGAGAAGACAAUAGCUCUCGAUGUCGAGAAUAGCUACACCAUUGACAAUGUCAAGGCUGAGAUCCAAAACAGGGAAGGGAUUCCACGUGAGCAGCAGCGGUUGAUGUUUGCCGGCAAGCAACUUGAAGAUGGAAGAACUGUGGCUGACUACAACAUCCAGAAAGAAUCAACGCUUCAUCUGGUGGUGAGACUUGUGGGAGGGGGACGUGGAACAAUCAAGCUUGCUCCGGGAAUAAGGGCUUUGGCUCAAAAAUACAAUGAGCACAAGCUAAUCUGCCGCAAGUGUUAUUCCCGUCUUCCUCUGAAAGCCACAAACUGCAGGAAGAAGAAAUGUGGUCACAGCAAUGAGUUGAGGCCCAAGAAGCCAUUUGACUCUAAGCUAAGCCAGUAGACGAACUGAAGAACCAAUAUUAUUAUGCGUUUCGUGCUGAUCACUAAUUUACCUAAUCGUUAAGUCUUAAAUUAUGCAUGCAAAUCGCAAACUUCUGUAUUGGAGAUUUCAAUGUGGAGUACUUUAUUUGAAAUCAUGGACGCUCUUUGUUCGCAAUGCAGUUUCGUUUGCCUUUUAUUCGAGUGUAAUAUUCUCCAUUAACGUGGUUCGGUAUUGUUUAAUUGUUUACUCCAUUAAAUUCAUUUGGUCGCAGCUAGUGUUCGGUUAGGA